GGCGAUAACGCACCGAAAUGUUGUUUCAACCGACACAAACACUAAGAAGAAGAACAAGAAUGGCUUCCCCUCCUGGAUGUGAACAUUACGUCCGCAGCUGCUUGUUAAAAGCGCCAUGCUGUGGCAAACUGUAUGUCUGCAGACUCUGCCACGAUGCCGAGGAGAACCACCAGAUGGAUCGCUUUAACGUGACAGAGGUGCAAUGCUCUGACUGCCUGACAGUGCAACAGGCCCAACAGACCUGCCAACAGUGUAAUGCCGAGUUUGGCGAGUAUUACUGUGACAUAUGCCAUCUGUUCGACAAAGAUAAAAAACAGUAUCACUGUCAGCCAUGCGGCAUAUGCCGGAUAGGACCCAGAGAGAAGUACUUCCAUUGUGACAAGUGUAAUCUUUGUCUCGUCAGUAGCAUGAGAGGAAACCACAAGUGCGUUGAAAAUGUUUCUCGGCAGAACUGCCCAGUGUGCAUGGAGGAUAUCCACACUUCAAGAAUCGGAGCUCAAGUUCUUCCAUGCGGUCACCUUCUACACAAGACAUGCUUCGAUGACAUGAUCAAAACCGGAGCGUACCGCUGUCCUCUUUGCAUGCACUCGGCCUGGGAAAUGGGCACCCACUGGGAGCACAUCGACAAAGAGAUCGCCCUGUCCCCAAUGCCCACAGAGUACCAGGACGCCACCGUCAAGAUCAUCUGCAACGACUGCCAGGCUCACUGCACGGUGGCCUUCCACGUGCUGGGGAUGAAGUGCACCGGCUGCGGCUCCUACAACACGGCGCAGGACGGAGGCCUCAUCCAGCCUCCAGCACCCCCUCAAGAACAGCAGGGGGAGGGGGCGGAGGAGGCGGGCCCCGAUGGGGAGCCGCAGGAGCAGCAGGAGGAGGUAGAAGGAGGUGAACCCCUUGAGUUUGAACCGGACAGUGACAGCGAUGAGUGGAUGGACGCCGAGGCCGAAGAGGAAGCCGCAGAGGAAGCGCCAGCCCAGUAACCUGCACCCCCCCCCGCCACCAUUAAACCCCUCCCCCCGACCGUUACCCCCUCCCCAGACACAUGAACUUUUCCCAGACACAUGAAACUGAAAUCACCUUCAACUCCUCCUCCAGAUUAAACUUCUCCCCCAUUAUGAAUCCCACUCUCCUCACUGUUGCGCUUCUGUGCUACGUCUUAGAAUAACACUUUCAACACUCUGGUACUGUUGCACUCUGUUCUCUGCAUGAUCAAGUGUUCAAUGGGGGAUUUCUCUGACUGUAAAUUUGAAGUUUUUGACCAUAAUGAGGAACGAUCUGAGAAGUCAUGGCUGAAUAAGGGCACACUCACACUAGGGCUGUUUGCCUGUUCCGUGCUGCAGGAAGAUUCAGCACGAUUCCCCCCCUCCCCACUCCCCCCCCGCUGGCCCGUGGUCACACUGCUCCCAAAGGCCGUGGCCUGGGCACGAUUGCUCCUUCAUGCAUACGUCAUCACGUCGUAAUACGAUAAAUACGUCAUCACCUAGAGUGGUGUCCAGCUGCGACUGAAUGCUGUCGUCGGCCCAAAUUUCAAGUAAACACUCGAAUUCACUAUCGCACCAACGUAAACCCACUCGUGAACCGCUCGCCGCCAUUGUUUAAAAUGAUUGUUGCUGGGAAGAAGGGCAUGGACCUAUAAAGAAAGAAGUGUCGCGCAAGGACUACGUCAUCCAGCUCACGUUGCGUAUCCGCAAGUGUCAUCUCAUUAGCAUCUGUACUUUGGCCACGGCACACCUCUCCCGAGUGUGCCGUGGCCAAGGGGCUGUUCCGUGCUGGAAUACGGAGGGCGUGGUCACACUAGCCAAACGUUCUAGACUUUAGUAUGCAAAUGAGCUCGGGCCCGGGGCUGCGGCCCUAGUGUGAGUGGCCCCCUAACACACACUUGCAGUUUCUGUUUCAGGGUCCUCUUUCAAAUGAUGAGUGAAAUCUUUGUGCUAUCCUUUAUUGGUUUGCACUUGUUUUGUGCUGGAGGCUGAACUAUUUUUUUUAUGUUUCUUACACUUUAAGCAUGGAGACGUGACACAGUGAAUGGAGAAUGGGACUUCUCUGUAUACUCCUGUUGCAAAAUUCAGUUUACUUAGUUGACGUGAUGUUUUGCAACUACACACGGUCAGUGUGUAGUGUGUGGUGGAAGUGUCUUAUCAACUUCUAUGCUUCAACCAUCAGACCUUGAUUUGUUUUUUAAUCGUUUGUCAAAUUAUUCAGAGGAUUUAUGGUUUAACAUGACAAAAAUAAACUCAUGCGAUUAAUAAGAAAAUCCAGGCAGUGUUUACUAUGAUUUCUUUAAUAUUGAAGCACAACUAAUUGAACUGCAAUCAUUUUUUUGAUUGCUCAUAAACAUGCAUUCACGUAUACAAUUCAAAUAAAAAGAACAGAUUGAAGGAAGCAACAGCACCAAAAACCAUAGGAUCAAACUCAUUCCUUUAUCGUUAUUCAAGUCAGUUUUUGAUAAAUUGUAUCACGGUAAAACUGUUAAAUCGAAUCAGUGUUUCUUCUCACAAGGUUUCAGUUCCAUAACAUGAAAUUUAAAACAAGUUUCAGCUAAUGUGUACACUAGCUAAAAUUGCCUUACAAAUUUCACUAUAAAACUCAAAACAGUGGCGAUAAAAAGUGAACGGGAGAAUCCAAUAGUAAACAUACGAUUUACAUCUGUUUCCCACCAACGGUUAGACAUCCCCUCUAAGUGGCCCUGCUUCUGUUGCUUCUGCUUUGCAUGGUGGAUAGUGGAUAGUGAAACAGAUGGGAAUGCCUGCGGCUGCCUCGGCACACGAGACUGGCAUUGGCUGUUGGGGGGUGUGGAAGUGUGGCGAAGACGUUGACAUGGUAACGUGUGGGAAGGGUGUAGCAGUGUCCGGGGGGAAUAUGGUAACAUGUAGCGGAUCUUCUCCGGCGCCAACGUCUCCAGCGACGGAUCCCGUCUCUGUACACGCGUGUCUAUUUGAGGCUGCGACUUCGGGCACUGCAUAUUCAUUGUCCGCAUUAAUGGGAUCUGUAUUUGGCAUGCUCUGAGUGACAGCUUCCCCAAAAGGGUCAUGUGUAGGAUAACUAUCCGGUGGGGGCAUCAUCAGGUCGGGGAUCCCGGUAGAGGUCGGUAGGCUUGCGAUCUCAGGCAGAGCCGAGGGAGUGGCAGGCAGGUGUGAGCUGAGAGGAGUGCCAGUCCGAGAUUCAGGC